GUAUGCUGUUUGAAGGUCGCACAUUGAUGACGCUGUGUUUGCAGUCUCGCUAUUUUGGUUUUGACAUCGUAUGUCUUAACCGUAGACUGUAUAUAAGAAAGCUCUUAACCAUUGACUGAUUUCGCAACAUAAGUAAGGAGAUGUCAUCUUUGUGUGGCACCAGCAAUGACUGCCAAGAUUCAGGUCAAGAGGCCACAGAGAAACAGAAGGAGCAUCCUCGUGCACUCAUCCCUGAGUUAUGCCGACUCUUCUACCAGCUUGGAUGGGUGACAGGGACAGGAGGAGGAAUCAGUUUGAAACGAGGAGAGCAGAUCUACAUUGCACCAUCAGGAGUCCAGAAAGAGAGAAUACAGCCAGAAGACAUGUUUGUAUGUGACUUGGAAGAAAGGGACAUCAGUUGUCCACCUGCAUGGAAGAAGUUAAAGAAGAGCCAGUGUACACCGCUCUUUAUGAAUGCCUAUAUAUUGAGAGGGGCACAGGCAGUUAUACACACCCACUCCAAGGCUGCUGUCAUGGCAACACUGCUAUAUCCUGGCAAAGAGUUCAGGAUAACACACCAGGAGAUGAUCAAGGGGAUUCGUAAGGGAACCUCGGGCACAAACUAUCGGUAUGAUGAAAUCCUGGUCGUGCCUAUUAUUGAAAAUACACCAGAGGAGAAGGACUUGAAAGACCGGAUGGCUUGGGCAAUGGAGGAAUACCCAGACUCAUGUGCGGUCCUUGUCCGCCGACAUGGUGUCUAUGUCUGGGGCGAGUCAUGGGAAAAAGCUAAAACCAUGUGUGAAUGCUAUGACUACCUCUUCGACAUCGCUGUCCAGAUGAAGCAGUGCGGACUGGACCCUGCUGCCCUCCCAGUGGAAGAAAAAGGCAUAGUUUGAUUCCCUGGUGCUUUUUAAAGAUACAUUUGUUUCAGAAAUGUCAGUGGAGUUCAAUCAGUUGAGCGAAUUGUAAUAAUUUGCCUUUCAUGCCGGCAUGCAAACUUCAUUCAAAUUUGAUGAAAUUUGAUGGUAAAGGCAGAUCCAGGGUUGUGAUUCAAGGAGGUGCGCUGCAAUGCACUGUGGGACAACACAUGAGUGAGCAACUGUAAAAUGAUGGUCCUCAUGUUCAAAUGCUAUCCUUUGCAAGUUUGACUGCACUGGAAUCAAGGUCUUGGUGUAUGUGAGGCAAGAACAUGCUCUGCAUUUCAAUUAAUUUGUAAUGGUAAUUACUGGUCUUUGCUUCAAUCAAUAAAAACUGAGGGAACGAAA